AAAAAAAAAAAAGGAGGGAGAGAGAGAAAAAGAAAGGAAUGCACAUCUGGGCUAAAUAUUUGUUAGAAAGUAUUCCCAGGAUAGUGGGAGUUCUGGUGCCAGAGAGGAAUUCCUGCGGGUUUGAUCCAUUGCAUUAUGUACUUGUUCCAAAAGCUGUUUUCAGUAAAAUAGAUGAGUAAGAAGUCUUAGCCAAGAACAGAAUGUCUUUUUUGGCAACUAAAAGGAAGAUAGGAUUAUUUUAUUUCAGGUUAUGUAAAAAAAAAAAAAAAGAAGAAGGAGAGAAGGUGGUAAAAUCCUCCUGCACUCCGCGGUGCUCGGAGAGAUUUGCAACUGCAAGCGCAGGAGAUCUUUUUUUUUCUCCCUUCACGCUGCUCUGCACAUUCUUGUGACUUCCAUGUAUAUGAAAGACACGGCGCCACCAUGAGCGGGGUACUGAAAAGGAAGUACGAAGAGCUGGGGGACGACGGCACCUACUGCUCCUCGUCCUCCUGCUCCCCACUGUCCUCCUCCUCGGCUUCCUCCGGCUGGGAAUCGGACGAGGAGAGCUCCCGCGGAGAGACCAAGCCCAGCUCGGCCGUAACGGCCAAUUUCACCCCCACGUCUAUCCUGAAGAAAUCCAAGCGACUAAAGAGGAACAAUGUGGAGUUUGACCGGGUCACUGUGUUUUACUUCCCGCGCUGCCAGGGGUUCACGAGCGUGCCUAGUCGCGGCGGCUGCACGCUGGGGAUGGUGAGCAAGCACAGCUCCUCCAGGCAGUUCACGCUAGCAGAGUUCUCGAAGGAGCAGGAGAACGUCCGUCGGGAGAAACUCGAAGAGAAAUUAAAAGAGGAGAAGUUGGAAGCGCUGAAAUGGAAACUGACCAUGAACGGCACGAAGGAGUCGGAAGAGGCCAACCAGCUCACCAUCGAAGACAUCUCUGACGACGACAUCGACGUGAGCAACGUGGACCUGGAGGACGGCUUCUUCCUCCAGCCCUACCCCGCCAAGAAGCGGCGGGCGCUGCUCAAAGCCAUGGGGGUGAAGAAGAUCGACAAGGAGGAGAAGCGGGAGCUGCACAACAUCCGCCUGUCGCGGGAAGACUGUGGCUGCGACUGCCAGGAGUUCUGCGAUCCGGAGACCUGCAGCUGCAGCUUGGCGGGCAUCAAGUGUCAGAUGGAUCACACGUCGUUCCCUUGCGGCUGCACCAAGGAUGGCUGCGGAAACACCGAAGGGCGAAUCGAGUUCAACCAGGCCCGCGUGCAGACCCACUUCAUCCACACCAUUAUGAAACUGGAGCUGGAGAAGAAGCAGCAGAGCAGCGAGAAAACGGCCGACGGCGCCGAGUCCUCCUUCCGGGAGAGGCUCCAUCAGUUCGGGUGUUCGGUAGGGAAAACCGUCUUCGAGGAGAGAGCGGUGCCCCUGACACCGGCCUUCCAGUUCAACAUGGACCUGGAGACCAUCGGGGAGAACAGCUGCAGCAGCGACAUGACGGACUCCUCCAUCUCCUCCAGCCCCAGUGAGGACCUGGAGGAGCCCUACGAGAACGGCCCCUCCGACAAGUCCCAGUCGGACGUCGACGACGACGGCCUGGCGAGGAUCCUCCACUUCAAUGACUCCGACGUCGAAGAAAACAGCAAUAACUGCCAGGACAACUUGAGUUGCUUCCACCCCGCGGAUUUCUUCAGCGCCAGCAUCGAAGAGCAGUGCGGCCCCAGCGUGGAAAAGGCCGGCGCGGCGGGGACGGGCUCCGGGCAUCUGUCCCACCUCUCCGAGUGCCUGGACGAGAACGCCAACCAGGACGCGAGCUGUUUUCUGGACGAGGCUGCCCACGCGCACUGCGACGGGCUUUCUUGCUGCGCUUCGUCCUCGGCGGAGCAGUGCUCCAAGAGCUACACGGAUCUCAGCCUUUCCUCUGACUCCUUGGAUUUCUUUCAGUCCUUCUCAGACUAUAACUUGGGACCUCUUUAUAACUCCUUAAAGGAAUACGAAAACCUCGAUAACUUCUCAGCGUUACAGUUUCAGUUGCCUAAUUUCCCUGGCUUCCCGCAAGCUGGAGAUCAGGGCUCCUGUUUCUUGGAGUCUCUCAUCGGGUUGUCCGAAUCUGUCCCAGAAACCCCGGCCCCUUUCACAGACAAUCAGCUUUUGGAAGAUGCCAUUAAGUCAUCGCUAAUGGAAACAGUGAAAGUUUAAAACUUGCGCCUAUGGGGGGAGGGAGGGAGGGCAGGAAAGCAAGACAUCUUUGGAGCCUCGAAACUAAAACUGAAGAAGGUUUGAGCGGACAAACUUUCACCGAGAGGAAAAUGUGCUACGAGAGAAGAACUUUCUAAGCAAACAGACUAUUUUUGGUCUUUGUAGAACACGGACGUUUUGACAUACUGCAGCUACAAUCAGUUCUCUUGCUGUUUGUGCAAAAUUUAUAAACUUUCACGGUGGGGGGGGGGUGGGGAGGGAGGGGAAACGACUUUCAAGUAUGAAUUUCCUUGUGUUUUGUAUGAAAAGACGUGUUGAGAAAUACUCCUUGUUAACAUUGCCAGUCGUACACACAGCCCCUUCAAGAAACUUUUCAGUGUUGCAGAAACUUUUUAAGACACCUUUUGGAGCUGUAUUUAUUGUGAAAAAUUGUGAUUUGCAUAAGAGUUAGCCCAACGUGCUCUUAUGUUUAAAUCCAACAAGGUUUACAGAAGAGAUCCGUACACUAUAUGCAUAAUCAUUCUUCGUCUAUUUAUUGCAAAUUCCAGAAUUUUAAAUAGCCACCGAAGCUUGAACUAGCAUGAAACCUUAUUUAAAUUGGUAAUACCUCAGAUGUAUUAUGUGUACAAUCAUAUUUUUUGCAUAAUAUAUCUGUAUUUAUUUAUUUUUUACCUGUAGUACAUGAAUAGCACUGUGGUUUAUCAAUGACCUGGAAGGGCAAUAAGGUCUUUAGCGGCACACAUCCUGAAGACAACACUGUUUUCCGAGUCUGAGAGGUGUUGACUUUAUCCGACGCCUCUCUGGUCUUCACUUAACAUUUCCGAAAGAGCCUAACACGAGUGGGUGGGAGGGGAGGGAGAGGGGGAAGCGUGCGUAACAGCAUCCUUUGGUAGCUCACAGUCCUUUCAUAGACAUGGUAACACGAAGGUGUGCGAGAGCCGUAAUUCUGCUCUGGAAAGCAAACGAGCAAAACCCUGAACUAUUCAAGGAAUAAUAUGAACUAACUAUAUUUAAACAAAAAAAGGAAACCCUUUCCAUAAAUUAUUUUAUAAUUUAUUUAAUUUCCUAAGGAUUUGGCCAUGAGAUCGUUAACGAUCAGUUGUGGUGCCCGAAUAUGCAGAGGAGCAUCCAGAGCGGCGGGAGGUGGAAGGACCUUCCCAACCCUCGGGACUCCGGGAGGGUAAAGCGAGCGGCAGCUCCGUAGUACUCAGAAAUGUCCAGGCUGUAACAGCUCGCGAACCUGGUGGGCCAGACUCUUUGUAAUUGCUUUGUAGGUAAAUCAAGUAGGAAAGAGGGAAAUGAAGGUUAUUGGGUUAUUUAUUGUUCCAGUACGGUUUUAGAGGGAAGAAAAAGUAACACCUAAAAAGAAAGCUGAAAACUGUGAAGGCCUUUUUUUAAAAAAACAGAGACAUCAUAGCAUUUAAGAAAGGUAUUAGAGGCCUUCUUGGGCUCGUGUUGUUUAAAUCAGUCCGAGAACAUGACACUAUUUGGCCAUUUCGUGUAAUCGGACAUGAAAUCUGUAUGUCAGUGAUACACUAAGUGCCUACACCAGCAGCACGAACGCGUCGGUCCGGUUUGUACAUCCGGAUAUCGGCGCAGAAAUCUGCCAGCUUUCAAUUCAGUUUUGCAAGGUGAAAUAUUUGGCGGUGCAAGAGCCGAGCGACAGCCGGGGAGGGACGAGGGACGUGCGUUGCCCUCGCAAGUCCCCGAAACACCCGGGGCGCCGGGCAACCCUGUGGGCUGCGCUGACCUGGGGCCAGGCGAGAAGGGGCAGGAGGGCGGGUUUGACAGUCUUCCCUUUGGCCGGGCUCCUUCUAUCCCAGACGGCCGAGAUGGCGCCGUUCGGUACCUGCUAGUCUAGAGAUGAUCGUUGCAGACUAAUUGGCGCAAAGACGCGCUUCGCAACCCUGCCAGCAAUUUAGGAAAUUUUGGCGUACGAAUAUAGCGAAGACUGUGGGUUUUUUUUAAUUAUUAUUAUUAUUAUUUAAUUGUACAUCUUCUCUUGCAUUGAGCCGAUCAACUUUUUAAGACGGAUACGUAUAGAAACAGAGCGGGGCUGCCGCGGUGGUGCCGGCGAGUGCCGACCCUCACGAGCCAGCCCCACGCUCGCCAUCGUCCCGCGGGACCGACCCCGCGCAGCGGGAGGGCAGCUGUAGGAAUACUACUGGCAGAUGGAGGAUUUCCUGGAUAAAUAUAUAUAUAUACUAAUAUAUAUAUAUAUAUAUAUAUAAUUUUUUUUUUCCUUGAGACUGAAAAUCCCCUUUGGUUAUCUUCUAGGUGGUAGUUUCUAUCCUUCAGACUGCAUCAGAAAUACUGACAGUUAAGAGUCUGGUACCAUUCUGUAUUUAUUGGCACUAAUAUAUUUUAUAACAUUCCUAAGUUUCUCUGCAUAUAUAUAUUUAUAUAUAUAAAAUAUAUACAUAUAUUUUAUAUAUAUAUACACACACACACUUUUUUUUAAUGAAUGAUGGGGAUAGACUCCUGCCUUUGUGGAUUUUUUUUUCUAUAAUUUAUUCAUUUUAUUUGUGUUGGUGCCAAAAAAAAGAUUUUUUUUCUUUUUUUUUAAGGCACUGAAUUGUAAAUAUAUAAUUUUUUUUCCUUCUCAGUAUCUGUGUAAAAAGUUGCCUGUUAAACAGUUUAAAAACUGGGUAUUUAUUGACACAAUCUGUAAUUAUCUAAUGUAUUGAUUGAAACGCUUUGGUUUCAACAUAGCUUUAUUUUAGCUUUCUUUGUGUAUAUAUUGUGAUUAUGUUGCUUAAAGGUACAAGUUAAAAAAAAUGCUUUAUUUUUACCUUAUCCAUUUUCAUUUGUUUAAAGAAAGCAUAUUUGUCUACAGCUGCUGUCUCUCAUUUCAUCAAAGCAAUAUGAAGAAAUUUCCAUUACACUUUCAAUAAAAGAAUUUUGUUUGGA